CAGCUAGCCUUUCCGGCCAUCCCUAGAGACGAUAAACCCGGAUUCUAACCGUCAAGCCUAACCCUAACUUGCCGGAGGAGCGUCCUCGGCGGAGGAGGAAGGCCUGCCGGAGCACCAAUCACCUCAAAAAUGGGGGUAGGACGAGGAUGAGUGAUUUUUAGCAGAUACGUAAAAGAAAGUGUAAAUCUGCGAGUCCCUCGCCCAUUCAGUUCUGCUCAAAUCAAAAUGACCGAAUCCGAGCCGGAGCCCCAGCCCUUCCGCCGCGGGCCAUGGCCCUCCUCGCCGCUGGACGACGACGACCUUCUAUCCGAGAUCCUCCGCCUCCUCCCGCCGCGGGCCUCCUCCCUCCCCCGCGCCUCCCUCGUCUGCAAGCGCUGGCGCCGCCUCGCCACCUCCCCACACUUCCUCCGCGACUUCCGCGCGUUCCACCGAGCGGCGCCCCCCUUGCUCGGCGUCUUCCACAACUCCUACCUCGGAAACGACCACCGCUUCGUCGCCGCUGUCGACCCGCCGGACCAAGUCCCCGACGCGCGCUUCCGCAUGCCGUGCGGCCGGGACCACCGGAGCUGGAGGUUCCUCGACUGCCGCCACGGCCGGGCGCUCCUCCUCGGACCGUCCCCCCGCCGCGAGGUCCUCGUGUGGGACCCCAUGACCGGCGCCCGCCACCGCGAACCCCUGCCCCCGGACGCCGGAGACGUUCGGGUGGGAGCGGUGCUCUGCUGCCACGCGCGCGACUGCCGGUCCAGCCCCUUCAAUGUCGUCCUGGUGUGGUGGAAGCAGGAGGCGCCGCAGCACAGGCGGGCUUUCGCCGCCGUCUACUCGUCGGAGUCCGGCGCGUGGAGCCACGUCAUCUCCGCGCAGAUGCAGGUCGCGUCCACCAAUCCGACAGCCGGGGACGCGAGGAAGCCUGGCACGCUCGCCGGCGACGCUAUGUACUGGUUGCUUCCCGGUAGUCCCAUCCUCAAAUUUGACACGGUCAGGCGCAGCCUAGCCUUUAUAUCGAUGCCAAUGUGCGCAGCAGGGUUUCUCUACUGGCAAUGCCAGCUCGUGCUGACAGAGGGUGGGGUGCUCGGCCUCGCCAUGGCGACGCCGGCCAGUGUCCUGGUGUGGAAGAUGGACGCCGGUCCUGCCGCCGCUGACGGUGCGGGAUGGUCGAUGCACAGGUCCGUUCCACUGGACGGAUGCCUGCCGCCGAGGAGAGGGAUGCAGGGAGUGCUGUCGUGUUUGCUGGGGUUUCAUGAGGAGAGCAAUGUGAUCUUUUUUUGGAUUGAUGCUGGCGUGUUUAUGAUCCAGCUUGAGACGAUGCAGUCUAGAAUGGUGUGCCAAGGUGUCAGUGACUUCCAGAUCUAUCCCUUCGCCGGCUUCUACACCGCAGAUGCCGCGGGCGCACAAGCAGAUGAUGAUGCUCCGGAAGGCACGCACGUGCCCAGGCUGGCCAUGGAGUCCCUGACCAUGUGGCACUACGCGGACCCUCGAGGAGAUGUGCAUGGGCCGUUCCCAAUGGCGCAUCUGCGACGGUGGAACAACCAAGGUUUCUUCGACGAGGGCCUCAUGGUGUGGAGAACCGAUCAGACGAAGCAGCAGGCCGUUCUGCUGACGGAUGCCAUGCGGUCGACGGCGCGGGCGCGGUUCGGCUCCUAGGGUUGCCACCGGAGGUGUGAUCUUCGUGAUCCUAGUGUUUUCAUCUUCGUCGGCCGAGGGCUCGAGGCGUCUGGCCAUGCUGAAUUCAGGUCGAUUUGUUGAUUUUCGGAGAGGUCGUUUGUUGUUUAAUGCCUGCUACUUGCAAUGCUAUUUGUUAAUCGAUCUCAGUGUUUCUCAUGCUAAUUCGUGUACGGUGGGCGUA